AUGAAUUUCUAGAAUUUAACAGGAGAACUAGAAGUGUUUUACAAUAAUCAUGGAGUCUAAUUGGCAGGAAUCAAUUUCCCACCUAAAGUUGAGUUAUUAGAAUAACUGAAAACUAAAUUGGAAAAUAAAAUAUAUGAUGCAGGAGAAUAUUUUAAGAUAGUCGAUGAUCAAGAACAGGAAUCAUAUGUGUUGUAAUGCACGAAGCCAUUGAAAGCAUAUGAACAAGUGUUCUUGAUUGAUCAUGCUUUGAGUUUCAGAUACACUGAACUACAUACAGCAAUUAAAUAAGUCGACAGACUGAAGAAUAUGCUUAAAUAUUAGAAUAAAAAAUAGCCAUUAUUCAAAAUAGAUAAGGUGUAUUAUCAUACUGAAGACUUUGAUGAAAUGGCAUUAGAAACAUUGAAGGAUGUUAAACCAAAAGAAGAUACAUUCGCAAUAAGUUUCUUUGGAAAUCAAAUAGCUUAAAUAGAAGAAGUCAUCCACUUUCUCAAUAAUCAUAAAUAAAUUAAGGCAAUAUGGUUAAAUGGCAAUCCAGUUGCAGAGGACAAAGAACAAUUACUAUAAAAUAUUGAAGCACAAUGUCCACAAGUAGAACUAGUGGAUUUGUCAUUUACAUCAAAUGCAACUGAAUGGGUAAUAAGGUAUGUUACAGCUGAUUUUGACACCAAAAAGGCAAGCAGUUAAGAACCACUUAACUAUUUGAAUCUCUCAGGCAGAAAUGUAUUGAGAAUGAAAUCUGUCAAGUAGAUUGCAAAUUGGUUCCCUAAAUUACGAGUCUUGGAUAUCAAGAAUACUAAAUUAAAUGAUUUAGAGGAUGUUAAUGCCUUUUUCAGUCUACUACCAAAUGUAGAAUAUUUGACAUGUGAUUUGGAAGUUGAAGAUGUACUUUAUGAGUUACACAAAACCAAUAAAUUAAACGCAGUGUCUCCAUAUUUACGAUUAGUAAACCAGAGAGAUAUUAGAUAUGAAUCAUAUACACCAGCUAAGGAAGAACAAAAUGAUAUUUAAUUAAUCAAGCAAAAUCUAUUUAAAUUGACAGGCAAUUAUAGAUUAUUAACAACUGACUAAAUGGAUGAAUCUGCAGUAUGGUAUUUAAUGGAUGAAUUGGGAUCAAGCAUUUAACAUUCAGAUACACCUAAUGUAAGUGUAGUGCCAUUUUUGUAUUUACCAAAUGGUAAAAUAGAUGACGAUGCUGUUGCCUAUAGUAUUAUAUUCCCAAUUAAAGAUAUUCAUGAAUAGCCAAUUUUUAGAGAUUACUUACCAGGGGUUGAUGAAGCCAAAUUCCGUUCUUAUAGAUUGAAUGUUUGGUUUGAUAUUCCUUACGACUUUAUCUUAAAUGGUUAUAAUGAAUACAAAACCAAAUUACACAAUUUAAAGAUCGCUCAGCCUGAUGUAAUAGCUAAACCUAUUGAAUAUUUGCCUAAGGAGAAUGUCAAAGUCAUAACAGAUUUAGAAAUGGUCACCAAAAAUCUUACUUUGCCAUACGUAUCCUUUACUUUGGACUUGGAUGAAGCCAAUUUAGUAUUCUUUAGUGCUGGUGUCCAUGAUGACAUUAAUGAAAAGUAUGCUGACAAAUUUAUUAAUCAAUAUCCUCAUGAAUAUGCCAUCAUCUCUAAAGAGAAAUUAGCCAAUACAAUCUAAAGUACUUAUGGGGAUGUACCUUGGCUAUAGGAAACAUUUAAUUUGCAAACCCAAUUACCCUUAUUCAUGGGAGCAUAUAAAACUAGAGAACUCCAACAUCUUAACAACCUAUGGAUUAUCAAGCCUCCUAAUAUGGCUAGAUCUAUGGAUAUGGUAGUGACAAAUAAUUUAGAUGUCGUACUAAGGCUGAUUGAAACAGGACCUAAAUUAGCUCAAAAAUAUAUUGAAAGACCUCUAACAUUGAGAAAUAGAAAAUUUGAUUUGAGAUUCAUAGUUGCUCUAAAAUCCAUUGAACCCUUGAGUGUUUACUUAUAUAAAACAUUUUGGAUCAGAAUUUCUAAUAAUCCAUAUACUGAAGAUGUCAAUACAUUAUCCAUAUACGAAACUCAUUUUACUGUUAUGAAUUAUGGUCAUAAAUUAACAUAAGUUUUUAUGCAAGAAUUUAUAGAGGAAUUCAAUAAGGAAUACUAUCCACAUACAUGGGAAAAAUAAUAUGAGUCAAUUUAAGAGAUGGUUAGACAGUUAUUCAUUGCUUUGAGAACUCAUUAGCCGGAUAUGGCUAAUUACACAAAGAAUAGAAGUGUUUACGGAAUGGAUUUGAUGAUUGAUAGCAAUGGAUUCUAACCAAAAUUAUUAGAAAUGACCUUUUCUCCUGAUUGCACAAGAGCAUGUAAAUACACUCCAACCUUUUACAAUGAUUUAUUUGAAUGCCUAUUUUUUGGAGUGGAAAACUAGAAUAUGAUAUAAAUAUUUAAUUGA